ACGCGGGGCGGGCCGGCGGCGGCGGCGGCGGCCGAGGUGAGAGACGGCAGCGGAGGCGGCGCGGGCACCCGGCCCCCCAGCGGGAGGAUGAAGCGGCGGAACGCCGACUGCAGUAAGCUCCGCCGCCCCCUAAAGCGGAAUCGGAUCACCGAGGGCAUCUACGGCAGUACAUUUUUAUACCUGAAAUUCCUGGUAGUGUGGGCGCUUGUCCUCCUGGCAGAUUUUGUCCUGGAGUUCAGAUUUGAAUACCUGUGGCCGUUUUGGCUUUUCAUCAGGAGCGUCUAUGAUUCCUUCAGAUACCAGGGACUGGCCUUCUCAGUAUUUUUUGUUUGUGUAGCAUUCACGUCAAAUAUAAUAUGUCUGCUGUUCAUCCCCAUACAAUGGCUUUUUUUUGCUGCUAGCACAUAUGUAUGGGUUCAGUACGUAUGGCACACAGAAAGGGGAGUGUGUUUGCCCACAGUGUCCCUCUGGAUACUCUUUGUUUAUAUUGAAGCAGCAAUUAGAUUUAAAGAUCUCAAAAAUUUUCAUGUAGACCUUUGUCGUCCAUUUGCUGCUCACUGUAUUGGGUACCCUGUGGUGACUUUGGGCUUUGGCUUCAAAAGUUAUGUAAGCUACAAAAUGCGAUUAAGGAAGCAGAAGGAAGUGCAAAAAGAGAACGAAUUUUACAUGCAGCUUCUUCAACAAGCUCUCCCCCCAGAGCAACAGAUGCUACAGAAGCAGGAAAAAGAGGCCGAGGAAGCAGCCAAAGGAUUGCCUGAUAUGGAUUCCUCGAUCCUUAUACACCACAACGGAGGUAUCCCAGCCAACAAAAAACUCUCCACAACUUUGCCAGAGAUAGAAUACCGAGAAAAAGGGAAAGAAAAGGACAAGGAUGCCAAAAAACACAACCUUGGAAUAAAUAACAACAAUAUUCUACAACCUGUAGACUCGAAAAUACAAGAAAUUGAGUAUAUGGAAAACCAUAUCAAUAGUAAAAGAUUGAAUAAUGAUCUUGUGGGAAGUACAGAAAAUCUCUUGAAAGAGGACUCAUGCACUGCUUCCUCAAAAAAUUACAAAAAUGCCAGCGGAGUUGUGAACUCAUCACCUCGCAGUCAUAGCGCCACAAAUGGGAGCAUUCCUUCCUCAUCUAGUAAAAACGAGAAGAAGCAAAAAUGCACGAGCAAGAGCCCAAGUACACACAAGGACUUAAUGGAAAACUGUAUUCCUAAUAACCAGCUAAGCAAACCAGAUGCACUGGUAAGGCUGGAACAAGACAUUAAAAAGUUAAAGGCUGACCUGCAGGCCAGCAGACAAGUGGAACAGGAGCUCCGCAGUCAGAUCAGCUCCCUGUCCAGCACCGAGCGGGGGAUCCGCUCCGAAAUGGGCCAGCUCCGGCAGGAGAACGAGCUGCUGCAGAACAAAUUACAUAACGCUGUGCAAAUGAAGCAAAAAGACAAACAAAAUAUCAGCCAGUUGGAGAAAAAGCUAAAAGCUGAGCAGGAAGCCCGAAGUUUUGUAGAAAAACAAUUAAUGGAGGAGAAAAAAAGGAAGAAGUUGGAAGAAGCUACUGCUGCCCGGGCCGUUGCAUUUGCUGCCGCGUCUAGGGGGGAGUGCACCGAAACCUUACGGAAUCGGAUCAGAGAAUUAGAAGCAGAGGGCAAGAAGCUCACGAUGGACAUGAAAGUGAAAGAAGACCAGAUCAGAGAACUAGAACUGAAAGUUCAGGAGCUUCGGAAGUAUAAGGAAAACGAGAAGGAUACUGAGGUGUUAAUGUCAGCCCUCUCGGCCAUGCAAGAUAAAACACAACACCUGGAGAACAGUCUGAGUGCAGAGACGAGAAUCAAGCUGGACCUGUUCUCUGCACUGGGGGACGCGAAGCGACAGCUCGAGAUCGCGCAAGGACAAAUUCUUCAGAAAGACCAGGAAAUCAAGGACCUUAAACAGAAGAUAGCCGAAGUCAUGGCCGUCAUGCCCAGCAUAACGUACAGUGCUGCCACCAGCCCCCUGAGCCCCGUUUCCCCCCACUACUCUUCCAAAUUUGUGGAGACCAGCCCCUCUGGACUCGAUCCCAAUGCCUCUGUUUACCAGCCCCUGAAGAAAUGAAGACCAGCUGUGGGUUUUGCCCAACCAUUUGGUUACCAGAAGGCGUCACAAAGGAGCAUCUCUGGCAGUCAAGAUAAAAAA